AUGUCGAAAACACCAGAGAAGAGUAGUCAAUUCAAACGAACACGGAACUGGCACUCGCAACAGUGCUGCGUCUUAAUAUCGUUAUUGAAUCAAUACUUUGAUGUGACAUACCUCCGUCCUUUCAAAUUUUCAACUAAGAGUGUCCCAUUCAUAUGGGUGCAGUCCCUUCAAAACAACACAAACAAAAUAAACACUCAAAAACUCACUGACGAGCGUGUGAACGUUUUGAUUGAAGCAGAUAGAAAAAAUGACAUUGAUGACAAGACUAUAAAGCGCCGCUGUGAAUCGUAUCGGAUUAUGGAACAUCUCCAUGUCUUAAUGGACGUCUUGUCUACAACUCGUUUCGAUUAUCAAACAACGUCUGACAAACACGAGAACAUCCCAGACAGAAGGAUCCUCAAAUCAGUAAAUGUCGAUGGGUAUGUCUUCUCAAGAGAAAAGAUGGAAGACGUUGGGAACAAAAUCAAUUCUAUUUUGUUGGAACGAGCAUUGUUCCUUGAUAAAAGCCAAGCAACAUUACUCUAUAAAGGAGACACUGAACUCAUGUGUGCACUUCUGUUGAAUGACUCGUAA